AUGGUGGAGGAUCCAACACGGCAACCCGCAAACGCAGAAAAGUCCUUUACCAGCGAGCAAUGGAAAGGCGCUGAGACCACUCACGCCGUCAAACCCGAAAACGCAAACGUCUACGCCGCCGCCGCAGCCCAGCAUACCGCUGGUGGCUCAGCUGCCGAUGUCACCCUCGCCGAUGCCGCGAAGAGCAUCAAGAUUGAGGACUUUGCCAACUUGCCAAAGAAGCCUUGUGUGAGGGACUCGUUGCUCACUGGAAUCACCGCUGGCUUUGUCGUAGGAAGUUCGAGGGCUAUCUGGAGGGCACCCGUUCAAUCUGCAGCCAACUGGGCAGUCGGCACUUUCGUUAUCGGAUCCGCGGGCAUGUACCAGUACUGCCAGUACAAGCGCAUGGCUGAGAAGGAAGGCAUGACACGCGCCAUGGAGAUCAUCGACCGCAAGCAAGUCGAGCGCAAGCAGAAGGAAGCUCGUUUGGAGAGAGCGAGGGAGUUGCGCCGCCAGAAAAAGGAACAGGAGGAUUCUCAGAAGUUCGCUGAACUGAACGCAGGCAAUACGACACCAGGUGCUGCUGAGCAGCCAAAGUCUUCUUCGUGGAAGCUCUGGUAG